GGGUCAUUGAAAAAUAAAAUAAAAACAAUCCUUCAACUGCACGGCGUAAGAGUGAGGAAAUUUGGCCCCUUAUCAAAAGGGAAAAAGGACAAAGGCGGACUACGAACUAGGAGACCCUUUUUGCCUGCGCAUGUGCCCGAGCAAUGGUUUUGGCCAAUUUUUGUGCUGCACAAUCAGCGGCUUUUGCGUCAUUUAAGCGUGCAGCGCGGAGCACUUUGGCCACAAUUAAUCCUCGCAAGUCCGGUAACCUUUCAAGGCACAAGUUUCGAAUAUUCUCUGCUACAAGCCCGUCAACCUUUUUCUUCUUUAGCGUGUAAAUUGAUGAAAGGCAUUCAGCCAAAGCGUGCGCUGCUUACAGGCGCAGCGCAUUCGGAGAUUGAAUAAUGGAAAAAGUGUAACACGUGACCGCUGUAGAUCAUUGGAUCUUCUCCAGAACGACUUCACAUUCUUGCAUAACGCGAACCAUUGACAGCCAUCUUCAUCAUCCUCCUAAAGAUGGAUGCUGCUCAAGAUCCACCAUUGCGUGUGAUUCUCAAAAAUGAAUCACGCUACAUCUCUAUUGAAGAAGCACAGCGAAUGAUGAAUCGUUUUGUAGAGGAGGCAAAGUAUAACUUAGUAGCUGACAAGACAGAUUUGUCUGUUUCGGAACAUGGUCAGCCAGAAUCGAGUACUGUGAGAGAUACAGAUCCAGUUGUUUUGUCGCAAAUACAAAAAGCAGCAGACUCGAUUAUUGAAUCUAUGAAAGAGUCUACCAAUGGUCUAAUCACCAAUGGUCAUAGCAUCAAUAGACACAGCACCAACGGACAUAAUACCGACAGUCGUAUCACCAACGUUCAUAGCUCCGAUCAGUAUGUCUCUAACGGUUGUGGAUGGGAAGAUACUAGCCAGAAUGUCUCUAACGGAUGUGGGUGGGAAGAACCAACUCAUGAUGUCUCCAACGGAUGUGGGUGGGAAGAACCAACUCACGAUGUCUCUAACGGAUGUGGUUGGGAAGAAUCCAGCCAGAAUGUCUCUAAUGGAUGUGGAUGGGAUUAGAAACUUAUGAUGAUGGUUUACAUGAAUACGAUCGACUUUCUUAUCGCUCGGUAUCACAGCAUAGAAGUUAGGGAUGAAACGAAUGUUCGUAUUGCAAAAGGUGAAAGCAGAAUGGUCUCAACAUCGUAUAAAACGGAGAAACACUUUCGGAUAGAUAUUGUAC